AUGCUCUCCCGAUUGGCCCUCAAACUUGCCAAGCCGGCGGCCAGGCCGGCCUCGGCCCUAUCUGGCCGAAUGGUACUUCAGGCCCGAUUCAUGUCGAAGCAGUCCACCGCUGGCAGCACGGGCAGGGAGAUGCCACGCCAGCGAGUUUGGGCUACCGCUCCCGUAGACUCGUUGCCUGCCACGCUCACCAUCCGAGAUGGUCCCGUUUUCCAAGGCAAGGCGUUCGGUGCCAACUCGAACAUUUCCGGUGAAGCUGUCUUCACCACCUCUCUUGUUGGCUAUCCCGAGUCCAUGACGGAUCCGUCCUAUCGUGGUCAGAUUCUAGUCUUCACCCAGCCUCUCAUUGGUAAUUAUGGCGUCCCGUCGAACGAACGAGACAGCUUCAACCUCCUCAAGUACUUCGAGUCGCCCCACAUUCAGUGUGCCGGUGUCGUCGUCUCCGAUGUUGCCCUCAACUAUAGCCACUGGACUGCCGUCGAAAGCCUAGGCGAGUGGUGCGCUCGGGAAGGCGUUCCCGCCAUCUCCGGCGUUGACACCCGUGCCAUCGUCACCCACCUCCGAGAGCAAGGCUCCUCCCUUGCCAGGAUUUCAAUCGGUGAGGAGUACGACGCCGAUGAGGACGAGAGUUUUGUCGACCCGGGCCAGAUCAACCUUGUCAAGCGCGUCAGCACCAAGGCUCCCUUCGUGGUCGAGUCCCCUGGUGCCGCUUACCAUAUUGCCCUACUGGACUGUGGUGUCAAGGAGAACAUCCUUCGCAGCCUGGUCAGCCGAGGCGCUUCGGUUACGGUCUUUCCCUACAACUACCCGAUCCACAAGGUCUCGCAGCACUUUGACGGCGUCUUUAUCUCCAACGGCCCCGGUGACCCAACCCACUGUCAGGACACUGUCUACAAUCUCGCUCGCUUGAUGGAGACUUCGAACAUCCCCAUCAUGGGUAUCUGCCUUGGCCAUCAGCUUCUCGCUCUUGCUGUUGGUGCCCGCACCAUCAAACUCAAGUAUGGCAACCGGGCUCAUAACAUCCCCGCCCUCGACCUGACCACUGGUCAAUGCCACAUCACCAGCCAGAACCACGGUUAUGCCAUUGAUGCCAGCACCCUGCCUAGCGACUUCAAGGAGUACUUUGUCAACCUCAAUGACGGUAGCAAUGAGGGUAUAUUCGCCCCCACCUCCUCCAUCCAUCUUCAUAACGUGAGUAUUGACCCGAAAUUUGCAGGCAUGCUACACAAGACGCGACCCAUUUUCUCGACUCAGUUUCACCCCGAGGCCAAGGGCGGCCCCAUGGACAGCGCGUUCCUCUUCGACAAGUACCUGCAGAACGUCCAGCUCGCCAAGGAAGGUCAAAAGGUCUACAAGGAUAACCGCCCCACCCAGUUUGUGCUCGACCUGCUUAGUAAGGAGCGUGUCGGUGUUGAACCCACACCACUUGCCAGCGCCGCGUAA